AGUUAACAAAACAUAAAAUUUGUACUUAUAAAAUGAUAAGAAAUUGUUUAUAUGCAAAGGAAAAAACUAUGGUUCAAGUUAUCAUGUUUGUUUAUAUUUUGUUCAUCAUUCUUUCUCCAUCGCUUGCUACCAUUAAACGUAUUGAUUAUUUUCUUUCACUCAUCUUUGGCCGCACCAUGGUAAAGCGUAAUGCUUCGAGGAACGAUAAGCUUGAAACUAUGCCUCAGCCAACAAAUUCUCGAAUUACAAUUGUAGCACGAGACGCUCCACGGGGCCACAAUUAUUAAAGGCCACUCCUCGAUCAAUUGAAAACAAGAUAUUGUAUAUUUAGAAUGCAUUUAUUUUAAGUUUAAAAAUUUAUUUUUAGAAAUAACUUUGUUGGGAGUAAAAGGUUGUUGUUUAGUCCUUGUAAAAUAGUUAUGAUUUCUGUUUAGUUAGUUAUAACCACCUUGUGGUUAUUGGCGAGUUAUUAAUUAAACCAUGCAUGAUUGUAAUUAGGCUAUAAAAGGUCAAUUGUGAAUGAAGAAGGAAUAGUUUUUCUA